AUGGCGCGCUUCCGCGUCCCCUUCUCCUCGCUGCCCGUCCCGGAACCCCUGCGCGCUCUCCCGGCGCCGACGGUCCGCAUCAUCACCCUCCUCAUCGCCGUCAACGUCCUCAUCUGGGCUGUCGCCGGCGUCAUUCUGCACUUCCACCCGGCCCUCGCGCCCCCCGCCGCCCUCUCCUUCGUCCUCGGCCUGCGCCACGCCCUCGACGCCGACCACAUCUCGGCCAUUGACCUCACGACCCGCCGCCUCAUCGCCUCGGGCCAGCGCCCCGUCACCGUAGGCACCUUCUUCUCCCUCGGCCACAGCACCGUCGUCAUCAUCACCUGCGUCGUCGUCGCCGCCACCAGCGGCGCCCUGAGGGACCGCUUCGACGGCUUCGCCCGCGUCGGCAACAUCGUUGGCACCGCCGUCAGCGCCGCCUUCCUGCUCCUGCUGUGCGCCGGCAACGGCUGGGUGCUGUACAAGCUCAUCAGGAGGCUGCGUGUCGUCCUGGACGAGGAGAGGGGGAGCAGGAAGAGGGGGGCCGCGGCGCAGGGCCACGAGAUGCCGGCUGGGGAGGAGCAGGACGAGGGCAACGCGGCGAUGGAUCUGAAGCUCGAGGGCGAGGGGUUCCUGGCGUCCGUCUUCAGGAAGGUGUUUCGCGUCGUCGACCGGCCGUGGAAGAUGUUUCCUCUCGGGAUCCUCUUCGGGCUGGGGUUCGACACGAGUUCCGAAAUCGCCAUCCUCGGCCUCUCGAGCGUGCACGGCGCCCAGGGGACGAGCAUCUGGCUCAUCCUCAUCUUUCCCGUUCUCUUCACCGCCGGCAUGUGCCUCCUCGACACCACCGACGGCGCCCUCAUGAUGGCCCUCUACACCUCCAAGGCCUUCUCGCGCGACCGCGUCGCCAUCCUCUACUACUCCAUCGUCCUCACGGGCAUCACCGUCUUUGUCUCGGCCUUCAUCGGCGCCGUCCAGGUCCUGUCCCUCGUCGCCAACGUCGCCGAGCCCGAGGGCCGCUUCUGGGACGGCGUCGACGCCAUCGGCGACCACUUUGAUGUCAUCGGCGGCAGCAUCUGCGGGCUUUUCGUCGUCGUCGGGCUCGGCUCCGUGCUGGUGUACCGUCCGUGGCGGAGGAGGGUCGAGAAGCGCAGCGAGGAGAGGGCGGUGCUCGUACCCGAAGAGGAGAGGGGCUUGGGUACGGGCACGGGUGCGGGCGCCGGGUCGAGUUACGGUACUGUCACGGCUGGGGGGCCAACCUUGAAAAAGGGGCCUGUUGCCAGCGAGGCGGCUGUGCAGGAGUAG